CGGUCGGCUCCCACCACCGCGGCCGCCAGCUGACCUGAGGUCAGGCCAGACGGACCCAGCGGCGGCGUGGCGACUGACAGGCCCGCAGGCAGCAGUGUCAGGAGCUGGCCCGCCGGAAGGUCCCUGUGAGGUCACCUGAGCGUCCCCGCCGCCAUGACCGAAGAAAAUGUGAAGGUCGCCGUUCGGAUCCGGCCAUUCAACAGCCGUGAGAAGGGUCGCAAUGCCCAGCUGAUACUGGACGUGAACAAGAACACUACGUUCAUCCGGGACCCGGCGCCGGGCGGCGAGACCAAGUCCUUCACCUUUGACUACUCCUACUGGAGCUUCGAUGGCUCCAAGGAUGUCAACGGCUACUUCCAGCCAGACACCAGUCACAAGAACGGCAGCAAGUUCGCUGACCAGAAAAAGGUAUUUAAUGACCUUGGCCAGGGUAUCUUAAAGAACGCCUGGGGAGGGUACAACGCUACACUCUUCGCGUACGGCCAGACGGGCUCCGGAAAGUCUUAUUCGGUCAUCGGCUAUGGCCCAAACAAGGGCAUCGUGCCAACUUUUUGCGAGGAGAUCUUUAAAGGCAUCAAGGAAAAGGCCAAGCAGCCAGUGCAGUUUGAGGUGAAGUUCAGCAUGCUGGAAAUCUACAGUGAGGUGGUGCACGAUCUGCUUAACCCGAACAAAGCGAAGAAGGGGGGCCUCAAGGUUCGUCAGCAUCCUAAGAAGGGCUUUUACGCCGAAGGUCUGAAGCAGGUGAUGGUGACCUCAUAUGAGGAGAUCGAGACCCAGAUGGACCAGGGCACCAUGAAUCGCACCGUCGCUUCCACGAACAUGAACGCCACGUCGUCCCGCGCGCACACCAUCGUCGGCAUCCACUUCACGCAGAAGCAGAAGAACGCUGCCGGCCAGGAGACGGCGAAAACCUCCAUCGUCAACCUGGUGGACCUGGCUGGCAGUGAGCGAGCAGACAGCACGGGCGCUAGGGGAGAGAGACUGAAGGAGGGAGCCGCCAUUAACAAGUCGCUCUCUUGCCUGGGCAACUGCAUCUUCGCUCUGACGGAGAUCGCCAAUGGAGACAAGGAUGCUCGGGUGCCGUUCCGGGACUCCCAGCUGACCCGGCUGCUCCAGAAUGCCCUGAUGGGCAACUCGAAGACGGUGUUGGUGGCGGCGCUCUCUCCCGCUGACCUGAACUACGAGGAGACAUUGUCCACGCUACGGUUCGCCGACCGUGCCAAGCAGAUCAAGACCAAGGCGACCGUGAACGAGGACCCGACGGAGAAGCUGCUGCGAGAGCUGAAGGAGGAGAAUGAGCGUCUCAAGGCGUCCAUGAAAGGCGGCAAGAUCGACCUGGGCAACACCAAGGGCAUGUCCGAAGCAGAUAAGAAUGCGCUGCGCAAGGAGAUGGAGGAGGAGUUGCGGGCUCAGAUGCAGGAGAAUGACCGCGAGCAGGAGGAGAUGAAGAAGUCGUACGAGGAGAAGCUGAAGGCGGCCAGACAGGCUGCCGCCGCGGGAGGUCAAGCGGCGAUCAACAAGGACAAGGAGACGAAACCACAUAUUUUCAACCUCAACAUGGACCCCAUGCUGUCGGGCCGCAUCGUGAACGUGUUGAAGAAGAAGCAGACGGAGGUGGGCAACCGCAAGGGUGGCGAGAGCGACAUCACCAUGAUCGGACCGGGGAUCCAGGAGAAGCACGCGAUCGUCGUGCUAGACGAGAAGGCCAACAAGGUGAACAUCAAGCCGUGCAACACCGAGUGCCGCGUGCUGGUCAACGGCACCCCGAUCCAGGGCGAGACGACGCUGUGCCACAACGACAGACUGGUGUUCGGUGGCACUCAAAUUUGGGUGUUUGCAAAUCCGCUGGAGGCUAAGCAAAGCAAGAAGAAGUACCCGUCUAUCACCUACGAGUAUGCUCAGGAGGAAAUCGCCUCGAAGAACGGUCUCAAGAUGGAUAACACCGGGAAUACCGACCAGGUGGCGCUGCAGGAGGACCUGCUGGAGCUGAUGCCGGGCGUGGAGGAGGCCAACAGCAUCUCGGAGGAGCUGGACAAGCGUGUCAAGUUCGAAAUCCUGCUGGUGUCGCCACAGAUGAUGGGCAAGACGACCGGCAGGACCGAGGUUUGCGUCAAGAUGCGGAAUCUGGCCAACAACGCCGAGUACGUCUGGCCCAAGGACAAGUUCCGCAACCGGCUGUACCUGAUGCAGGAGAUGUACGGCAACUUCGAGGACGAUGACGACUGGGACCUGCCCGAGAGCCAGGAUCCGUUCCGCGAGUCUCCGGACACGGAGGUGCUGCUCGGCACGUGCCAAGUGUUCCUGCAGCCGAUCGCCUUCCAGGUGGAGCUCAAAGACCAGUUGGAGAUCGCCAACUACAAGGGCUCCGAAGUCGGCGUCAUGAACAUCGAGGUCAUUCCGUGCGCCGCCAACGGGAAGGAGUACAAGGAAGAGGACGACCGGUUCGUGGACAGUCCGGACAUGCUGAUCGGCAAGGACGUCAACUUUGUGGUCAAGCUGCUCAACAUCAGGGGACUGCCCAACAAGUAUACGGACGUCUUCUGCAAGUACAAGAUGUACUUGGAGGAUGAGCACGCGACCAAGCACGUGCCUGACACCAACAACCCCGACUUCAACGACGCGAAGGUGUUCAAGUUCCCCACGGCCACCAAGCAGCUGGUCGACUACCUGCACAACAGCAGCAUGAGCAUCCAGGUCUGGGGCAAGCACCGGCUGCGGAACCUGUCCGGCUCCAUCAAGCACCUCACCACCAAGGACAUCAUGAAGACUGACAGGGGCGUUUUCUCGAGGACGGCGAACCUGAUGAACGGAUUCCAGAUGAAUGGUCGAGUGGUGGACCCGCAGAAGCAGUCCAUCAUCGUUGAGCUCCUGCUGAUGAAGAAGACCCAGGCGCGCCUGCAGCAGCGAGUGGACGGCAUUCGCAAGCUGCUGCAGCACGCCGACAAGAUGGCGCGCCACCGCGUGCCCGUCGACCUGCUGAAGCGGGCCAUGGACGCCCAGAGCCCCGCCCAGGUCGACAAGUGCAUCCGGGAGCUCGAAGACGACCGGGACGACGACAGCGGCCGCGGCAGUCGCUCCAGCAAUGGCUCCAGCAGCUCCGUGUGCACAGUCAUGUAGCGGCUCGGCUGGCACCGUCGUCACACAGCACGCACGAGACUCCGUCGCUUUGAAGCCUCCUCUGGCGUCAAGGCUGAAGGGUCUGCGUAAAUGGUGCCCGUAUCGCUCUCGGUUUCCUGUUGGAAUGCUGUCUAUGUCAAGACUCAGCAUGCUUAAGUUCGUAAGUGGUGUGGCUGUCUGAAGCAUGCUCCCAAAGUUCCACGUACGCCACUGUAUGUGGUGCAGGUUUAGCAACCACGUAGUGCGCCGUUAAACAUACGCAUGACCCAUUGAAUGAUGGCGCAUCGAAGAAGAGAAGGAAGGGGUUAACUCCAGAACUGAAAGGUCGGGCACGAUGCAUUCGCAUCAGAUAAGUCGAGAUGCCUUAAACCGAUCAGGGAGGGACGCGAAGUGAGAGGGAGACGCGACACGCGACGGCCGUUGCUGGGGGCUGAGCGCGACCCCUGGAGGUCUUGUUAAUGCACGACCAUGUAUAUACGAGUGGCGUUUGUUCAGUUCCUAGUCACCGUGACCCAUGCACUCACUGAAGACGACGUCGAAUGCGACUCAGUGGCUCUGAUCCCUUCAGGAUACUGAGAUGUGUAGUUGGACCUUUUCGUCUGCAGCCAGCCUGUUUGUGUUCUGAACCUGUUUGGUGCACCAAAUGUGGCGAGUAAUAUUGAACAAAGCUGUCUUAAAUGUCAUCUUUUGACAUUGGCGCGGUCUAUUUUCCCAAAUGUCGCCGCAAAUGGUGCCUUCUCAUCUCGGACGCAUCCACAAUGUUGCAAGUUGGCGUCCACGUUCCGUAGGACGUGCGGGUAUCAAUUCAAGUUCUGGUGCCUUAGGUCGGUAUAGGCUGCUGGUGUUCUGAUCUCCCACGGCAGCCCGUGCCAGUCAUGUCACGCAAUGUUGUUGAAAAGCCUGAGAUCAGCUAUGUUCUGCCUUUUUGAACCCCAGCUCUAGCAUAUUUGGUCCGUGUUCGAUGGAGGCGAACGCUAGUCUCGGUCAAAAUUGCAGAUGCUCUAUGACAGUGUUUGUAAUGAGCUUCGGCAGUCUCGAAAUUCCGCCUUCAUUGAAAAACAAAUAGACCCAUGGCACCUGAGCAACAGCCCGUGAAUGUAUGCGCAACUUUGGAGACGUAACUUGUGGUGCCUCACAAACGCGUGCAUACUUAACUAGCAUUCGGACGUCUGUGGUGUAUUUUCUGUCUGUGAUACGAUUACCCGAAAAAGAGUAGCACCGACAGUCUAGACAAAUGUUGCUGAUAUCCCCAUCGGUCAGUUUU